AUGGAUCUUUUUGCGUGCAUGGCCAAGAUGCCGAAUUUGAAGAGAUUGGAAGUGAGCAUGAUGAAGAGGAAUCUGGACGUUUUUAUGAGUGCGUUUGAAGACUUCGAUGACGUCCAAACCUUCCUAUUGCCUGGUAUCGAGACACUGGUCGUUACUUCCGCCAGCGCGUUUCUGGCGUCCCAUUGUCCAGACCUGAAGCAUCUCAUCGUCGAAGACGCACCUUCAUGCAUGGUCGAAACCUAUGUUGACGCAGCUACCCGGCUGAUGCCACUCCAUCCACAACUGGUCGGAGGCCAGUACACAUUUCUGCAACUCACGUCUUUCGAUACGUCGGCGAAUUGGUCUGCCGAGGAAAUCUCGACACUUGUACCGCUGUUCCCUCGCCUGCAACAUUUGCAUAUGCGCAGCGACGCUUUCUGCUACCGAGCCUCCAUCCCCGUCAUUAUGCAGCUUCUAGGCUGCAGCCUGAAGGAUCUGAGGACCCUCAGACUCAACAAGGUGGGCAAUCUCGACAUGGGAUUCCGCGCCGUCUGGAAGCGCAGCAUAACAGCCUGUGCCACCGAGGCACAGCGAAGAAGCUUGUGGCUGCAGAACGAGUCGCAUAGAGUCGAAGCUGAGAACAAUGUUGUGCGAUCGGCAUUCACAAGUAUUGAUCGACUGAGAGAAUGUUGGCUUGGCGACGAACGUGUGGCACGGCGUCCGGCAGGUUGCGACGGUAAAUCGGCUUUGAGUUGGGUUUGGGAGCGGAAACGGGAGGAUAUCGAUGUCUGUAUACAGCAGUCAGAGUGGGCCCACUACAGAGCGGAGAAAGAAGCAGUCGUGGUAUGCAGCGAGGUUUGCACGUGA